AUGAGCGUGCACCAGGACGACCAGGUGAUUGACAGCGACGAGGUCGACCGCAUCGCGAUUUCCCCAAAUGCCCCCGACCAGGUACCACGUCUGAUCUCAGAGAUCAACACACAUGGUCAGGCCUUUAUGUCGGGGCAGUCUAGUGUGCGAGCUCAAUUGGCAGAUGCUGCGGAGUCGCUGUUAGCCGCGCUCGAAUCUCCACGAGAAACGAUCCAUCGGCAGAACUUUCGGAACCCCACUGGGUGGGCUGCCAUUAAUAUUGCCAUCGACCUGGGCAUAUUUCGCCUGCUAGCUGAGACCAAGCGGCCCAAGUCGAUCCCGGAACUGACCAGUGCCACCGGAGCGGACCCUGUCCUGCUGGCGCGUAUUAUGAGGCAUCUGGGGGCUAUCCAUGCCAUCGUUGAAACGAAAGGCGGCGAAUACACUACUAAUGGGUUUUCCUUCACACUCGCCCACAGGAAAUAUUCUGACUCGAUCCUCGCAGUCGCGGGCUCCAUGUACCCCUCGAUCAAUGGUAUACCUCAGUUCUUUCGCCAGAAUGGCUACCGAAAUCCAUCCGACGGCCGUCACUGUCCCCUUCAAAUGGUCUAUCGCACGACCGACUCCUUUUUUGAGUAUCUCGCUCACAACCCAGUCAUUAACGCACAGUUCAACACUCUCAUGGGAGUCCAUCACCGGGGCCGUGCCAGCUGGAUGGAUCCAGGCUUCUACCCGGUCGAUCAACUCAUGUCUCCAUCUCCGAUAGGUGAGCAUGACGUGCUUCUGGUCGACGUUGGCGGUGGAAGAGGCCACGACCUCAGCGAAUUGCGUGCCAAGUGGCCGAACCUUCCCGGGAGGUUGAUUCUUCAAGAUCAGCCUGCCGUCCUGGCUGAGGCUACCAAUCUAUGUCCGUCUAUCGAACCCAUGAGCCAUGACUUUUUCACCGAGCAGCCAAUAAAAGGAGCUCGCGCCUAUUUCCUCCACUGCAUCCUGCACGAUUGGCCGGACAAAGACUGCCAUCGGAUUCUCGAACCCCUCAGAGCCGCCAUGAUCCCAGAGGUCAGUAGACUUCUAAUCAACGAUUACGUUAUGCCUGACCAGGGUGCGCACUGGCAGGCAACAUCGCUGGACAUUAACAUAAUGUCGAUCUUAGCGAGUUUGGAGCGGACGGAAUCGCAGUGGCGGCAGUUGUUGACCGAGGCGGGGUUUCGCGUUGUUAAUGUAUGGACUGUGGAUCGGUGGUCGGAGAGUUUGAUAGAGUGUGAGGUGGUGGCUUCUUCGGCGAGUGAGACUGUCAGAAACAGACUUUAA